AUGCACUUGGAUGCAGACCACGGCUUCAAGGAGGUGCCAAGGGACAGAGCUUUGUGCCAGGCAGCAACAGUCGAGGAUGUCUCCUCCCAUUCCUCGAGGCGGCGGUUGGUAAGGCUUCGUGCCUUUGCCACCGCCAAGAGCGCGGCUCUGUCAGCCUCUGCCCUGUCUCAGGGCCAAAAUGCGGAUGGAUUCACUUGGUGGCAGAGGGCCCCAUCCCGGGAACUGAAGCGGGAUGUCAUCUGUCAAGGUGAAGCGGAGCAGGUCCACCCCGUGACGACGGCAGGGGGCUCGGAGCACGGCCGAGGCGUGCGGGGCGAGGACGUAGGUAUUCUUAGGAGACGAUGCGGAUGGAUUCACUUGGUGGCAGAGGGCCCCAUCCCGGGUGAGGGGGUGUCCCCAGAAGAGGAACUGAAGCGGGAUGUCAUCUGUCAAGGUGAAGCGGAGCAGGUCCACCCCGUGACGACGGCAGGGGGCUCGGAGCGCGGCCGAGGCGUGCGGGGCGAGGACGUAGGAAGAGACACCAGCCCAGUGGGAGCUGAGCCAGGUCCACCCCGUGACGACGGCAGGGGGCUCGGAGCGCGGCCGAGGCGUGCGGGGCGAGGACCUGAGGAAGAGACACCAGCCCAGUGGGAGCUGAGCCAGGUCCACCCCGUGACGACGGCAGGGGGCUCGGAGCGCGGCCGAGGCGUGCGGGGCGAGGACCUGAGGAAGAGAUACCAGCCCGGUGGUGGCAGGACAUUCCCAGAGGGCGAGGCGGCGUUCCUUGGCACUGAUGUGGACGAUGCAGAUGGAUUCAAUCCAUGGCAGAGCGCCUCAUCCUGGGUGAGGGGGUUCCUCUGUGAAGGUGUAAGUCACUGUCUUAGCUGGGGUAGUGUAAAUAAUGACUGUGUAACAGUUCUUUUUUUCUCUUUACUUUCAGGAAGUGAUGGUAGAUGUCAGCUCUCAAGGAGAGUGAACAGAGGAUGCAAGAGGAGCCAAGUGUGCUUUGAGAGUUUCCUUCUGUUUUGUGUCCCAAGCUUUUUUCCUAUUCCUUUAGGAGGUGUUGAUAAAAUUACUCUUUUUCCACACGGACCUUCCCUUCACGGUAUUAAACAUGGAACCUUACUGCUGCCUGGACUCUCUGCCCUCCCUUGCCACAGAGACCUUUGUCUAUGACCUCUCAGCUGUGGUGAUGCAUCACGGGAAGGGCUUUGGCUCAGGACACUACACAGCCUAUUGCUACAACACGGAGGGAGGUUUUUGGGUGCACUGCAAUGACUCCAAACUGAAUGUGUGUAGUGUGGAGGAGGUGUGCAAGACCCAGGCCUACAUCCUCUUCUACACUCAGAGAAUGCUGCAGGACAAAGCAGGAAUCCCAGAAAAACAACUCCAAGCUCAGGUUUUUGCCACCCAAAACCAGUGACAAGGACACAAGACUGACAUUGCCAUGAGGGGACAUUCCCAGCUUCUUUUGGGGAACUUUUGGUGUUCAUCUUCCCCUUCUUUGCAGGGAAAACUGCAGGAAUGGGAUCAGGGCAGGAACGGGAUCAGGGUAGGGACGGGAUCAGGGCAGAGAUCAGGGCAGGGACGGGAUCCGGGCAGGGAUGGGAUCAGGGCAGGAAAGGGAUCGGUGCAUGGAUCAUGGCAGGGAUGGGAUCAGGGCAAGAUAUUUGGAAAACCUUCUGGAGCUGGGCAGUUCCGAUUUGGGGCAGAAUCUUGGGGUUUGAGUGUCUUUUCAGCUCAAAAAAAAAAUGAAACUAUAAAGUUUGAUGCUGUUCGUUCAUCCCCUAUCAAAGAGGAAUGAGCCCAAGCUGGCAAUGGGAGAAUCCAGCUGGAUCAACACCCUUCAAUCCCUAAAAAUCCUGAUCCAGCUCCAGCUCCAAGAGGAACAGGUACAGUACCCUUGAGCGGUCUGGUAAAUCCCAGGGAAACUCCCAGAGCUGUUCCUGCUGGAAAAAAAUGUUUAAAUUCUUCUCAGUUCCUCCUCUGCUGCCCCUGAUACCGAUUUCUGCGCCCUGGGUGAAGCUUUGCCAGCAGCUCUGUGUCCCCAACUUUAGUUUUUCCUUACAGAAAAGUUACCAAGCAUAAGCUUAUGCUUUCCCUCCUAUGCACUGUGACAUUCCCAGGUCCUUUCAAAGCCUUGUAUUUACAGACCUGUUGAAUACCCAGAUCUGAAUUUAUCUUGCUCCCUGUCACCUCCCAUUCCUCCCUUUGUACGCUCCUUGCCCAAAAGGCUCUGAAGCAUGUGUGGUUUGUUUCCUAAAAUGAGCGCUGGGUCUGUGUUGAGGAGGUGUCCCCAAAAUGAGGAAGAUGAAUCUUCCUGAUCCUGACCUUUCUACCUGUUCAAUGCAUUUGUGACCCAUGUUAGAGCUUAGAGUUUUGUGUAUUGAAUGGGUCCUUUGAGCAGGAAGUCUGCAGCUAUGUUGCGUGCUCUUGAGCCCAUUUUGGUUUUCGUGACAGGCCUAGCUCCGUCGACAUAAAGCCGAUAAGCAAGGAGUUAGCGCAUCUGAGUUAUCUCAGAUGUGGCUUGUGUUGAGUGUGUAUAAAACUUCCCUAUGUCUUUCAGCUAUUUCAGCUACUUACUCUCUUCACUUUCCUAGGAAUCCCUAAUUGUUCCAAACUGAUGUUUCCCUCUAAGGAUUUUUCCUUUCUUGUAGGUGGCUUUUUUUCUUUGUUUUUUUUUUCCGUUUUGCCAGAGAGACACGGGUGACAUUGUGUUGGGCCUGCUGGUCUCUGCCUCCCCUUUUAGGGGGGAUGCUGGCCCGAGGCUGGCGUGGAUACUAUCUGCUAUUGAGUGGGGGGGUAAGGAGAGCUGGCUGCUUAGCAGCGCCUAUUUUCUCACCCUGCUCCAAAGAACUUUAGAUUUUUUUGCUCGGCCCCUGUUAACAGCUCUGGGUACUAUUUAGGCUGAGCUGCUGUGAUGGCCAUGGAGGGGUGGGCUAAAGAGGCCUUGCAGAUCUUGUUUUUGUGAGUUUUGACCGCUUGGUUGGUGUGAUGUGUGUUAUUUCUGCAUGACUUUUUUUUCUUCAGUGUUGCUUUGAACCUCUCAUGCCACGAGUUACUGUGGGAGAGGAAAAAACCUUCAGGCAGCUUUCCCGUGUUGUCGGUCUUAUGAAGGUUUUCCACCUUAGUCUUUCUCUGAGACAGAAAAGGAUAGGCUGAACGUGCAGAAGAAACACUAUGGAGUCAAGAGACUAUUCGUAAAGACAGAGGAUUUGUUCAUGAGUGGGUUGUUCCAUUCUUAUUUGUUUCUCCAAAUGCCCUAUUUGCACGAUUCCUUUAAUUCACGGGCAAGAUGUGCAUCUGGGGAUAGGUUUGGUUUACAUUUCUGGGUGCCUUUGAGGGAGGCUAUUGGUGGUUGACUAUGUGCUAUUUGUCUUACGAGAUGCUUGAACAGAGAUGCAGAGGAGAAACCCUCUGUGCCCGUGAGGAAGUGAAAAAAAAAAAUCUCUGUUCCUUGAGAGGAACAACCCUUUAUUUUGCAGCUCUUCCUCUUUACGAGGUGAGCCUCUUGUACGCCGGUCUAUGACUCCUGAUUGACAAGCCGCUUGGGAAACUUCUCAGGAGAGGGUGACCCAAGGCAGAGUUUCCCCGGGUGGCUGUUUUUGUGACCUUUCAAUAAAUCCACCCAAGAACGGUUCA